UCGUGCGUGUCAUACCACUAAACAAGCACCAUGGAAAAUGUUUACAAGAAAUUACAGUUGCAGCAUCAGAUAAGAGAAAAAGAAGUGCUCAAUAGUGAAUUGUCAACAUUGAAGAAAAAUGCAAAAGUAUACAAACAACAACAGAACAGCAAUGUGUUUUUUCUUGCAAACAGAGACACUGUUUUCAGUGAGUGUAAAAGAACUCUAGAUAGUUUGGUACAAGAAUACAAGGAGAUGGAAUCUGCUGCACCUUCUGAAGAUCAAGAGGAAGAAGAAACAUAGAUUCACAUACAAGGGGUUGUUAGAAAGGUGAACAUUUAGUGGUACCUUUGCGACUUGCUUGAAGGGUAGAGGAAGAAAUGGCCUCAAUCGCUCUCCAAACUUAAGGAAAAGCAAGAUUGGGCAUGUUGAAAAGCCAAGAGGAUGAGGAAACAGAGACACAGAUGAAGAACUUAAAAUGUGAUAGCAGAACUAUUGUUAGUUUUACACAAAAAUUGACGGUUAACAACUGGGAGUGUUAAACACCAUUUGACUAUUGUAAACAUCUAUCAGCACAUGCUUUUACUCAAUCCUAACUAAACAGUUUAGUCACUGACCUUUAUGAAUGAUAUAACAGGUCAAGAUGAUGAAUUUUUAUGCACUUUUGUCUCCAAUGAUCAAUACAUUUUUUUUUAUUUGUUGCCCUUUGUUUUAACUCCAGCUUCAAUAAAAUUAUUAUUUGGGAGAGUCAUUCACCUUCAUUUUCUUGGUCCUUGAAAAUUAUUGGGGGAGCAUAUAGUUUCCGCCUUGUCUGUCCUUCUGUCCGUCCUUUUGUAUCCAGAGUAUGACUUUGCUCACAGUUUAGCAAGGAUCAUGAAACUGUGUGUAUACAUUGGUCAUACUAAGUGGAUGUGCAGUGUACCUAAUUCGGGGCCUUCAUACCCUUAAUUACAGAGACACUACCCUUUGUUAAAAUUUUGUGUCCAGAGCAUAACUUUGCUUGCAUUUAAACUAGAAUAAUGAAACAUAGUGUAUAAAUUGAUCAUACCAAGACAAUGAGCAUUGUACCAAAAUUGGGACAUGCAGUCCCACAAUUACAUAGUUAUUGCCCUUCAUUAAAAUUUUGUGUCCAGAGCAAUGCUUUGCCUGAGUUUAAACUAGGAUAUCAAAACAUGAUGUAACCAGUAAACAUCAGUCAUAUAAAAGCAAGCUGCAGUAUAGCAAAGUCGGGACCCAUGAACCCUCAAAACAGAGUUGUAGCCCUUUGUUAAAAUUUUGUGUCAUGAAAAUAGCUUUGCUUACAUUAAAACUAGGACUGUGAAACUUGGUGUAUGCAUUGAUCAUGCUGCAAAAAUGCGCAGUACACCAAAUAAAAGGCCUGCAACCGCUUAAUUACAGAAUUAUUGCCCUUUGUUAAUUUUUUGUGUCCAAUAAAUUGUUUUUGAGGAUUAUUGGUCAGAUACUCUUGUUACCUAAAUUGAGAUUAAAAAUUCAUUUCAGAUUUGUGUAAAUUGUGAUUUUUUUCUUUGAUUGAGAGACAUGUUGUGUAUAUGAACACCUGGAUCAUCAGCUGAACAGGAUCAGAAGAGGGUGGGGGGAGAGCUUUUCUUCUUUAUUUUUAUGUCUGUGAUAAUUUGUCAGCUCUCUAGUGGCUUCAUCCCUUGCAGGAUUCUCUUCAAGUUUCACACAAUUAUAAAGCUUCAAAUUAUCUUGGAUAAUAUAUAGUUUUAUUGUCGUUGAUUUAAUGUCAAGGUCAUUAUUACUAAUUUUUUUUAAAAUUAUAAAUCAUAAUUGCUUGUGUUGACUGAUUGGGGACAUGUAUUACUUCAGUAAUAAUCAUUAUGCUUGUUUUACUCCAGUAGCUGGUAAAUUACUUUCGAGAUUGAGCACCACAUAAGAUUUUGAUAAAGAUAAAGAAAUCAAUUUUUUGUCCACAUCUGUGGUUUUGAAUUCAGAUGGUAAAUAUUGGUCUUCCUUGCAUACAAUUCAAUGAGGAUGUGACUUCAUUGAUUUUAAUUACAAUUUCAAGUAAUAAAGGUAUAUUUUAUGCCAGAAUCUACCACGGUGACCUAAUGGUCAACACAUCGGUAACAAUAGACAUGGCACAGUAAAUUUGUAACUAAAUACCCUGGGUAGUUUUUUUGAGUCAUGUUUUAUGUUUGGCACUCUACACAGUGGGCUUUGAUAGCUGAGUUGGUUAGAUGUUGGUCAGAUAUAGAUCAAUGGCUGGUAUGACACUCCCUCCCCAUGGCAGUUUGUGUUUCUCAUUAACCUGAGAAAUGACCAGUCUGUGCUGUCAUGUCUGUGUCCUUGGGCAGGAAAAUUUACCCUUAUCAAUGUGGAUGGCAUGCAUCAGUCUUGUGUAUGUUGUUGAGUAAGGUAGCUGUUCAUCGGUGAAUAAACCCAAAAAGCAAACAAAA